AUGGACGAGGAUCGCCGGCUCCCCGACGACACGGUCGUGGAUCGGAGGUUGUCCCAGCUGCCAAUAAGCCCCUUACUCGCGUUGGCUUCUCAUUGCAUUCACGCCGAGAAGCACUUCCCGCUCAAGCGCGUGCCGGAGGCCGCCACCGGUGAGGGCGUGCUCCUCAACUUCGAGGAUAGCGAGGGAAAGGUGUGGCGGUUCCGGUACUCUUACUGGAACAGCAGCCAGAGCUACGUCCUCACCAAGGGCUGGAGCCGCUUUGUUGGGGAGAAGGGCCUCCGAGUCGGCGACACCAUCGUCUUCUCGCACUCCACGUACGGCGAGGAGAGGCAGCUCUUGAUCGAUUGCAGGAAGACAAGACGGCCGCCACCGACGUGGUGCCGACGCCGGCCGCCGCGCCGGCGGAGAAGCUAA